UUUGUUUCUUCGCUCUCUCUCUCUCUCUCUUCCUCUCGACAGGGAUUUCAGAUUUCCGCAAUAUUUUCUUCUCUGCCUCUCUGGAUUUUCUUCUCUCUACAGUUCGGCCAUCGCCAUCCCUUCUCCGAUCGAGAUCUCGCCUCCAUCCGGCGGUCUGAUUUUUCGGUUUUCGUGCAGCUUAGGCUUCAGAUUUCCGGCGACCGACUGGCAGGUGUUCGGCCGGAAUUUAUACGGUCGCUCGAAGGGAAACUUUGUGGUAAUUUGCCUUUGACGGUGGGAAUGGAAUCUGUCUGAGUGUUAAUCGGUUUGGAACUUCGAAACUAGGGUUUCGAGUUUACAUUUUCUGCUUUUCUUUCGUUCUUGAUAUAUAUGUUUUUGGCAAAAAAUUUUCGUCAUGCCGAGGGGUUCUAGGCACAAAUCUCACAAGCAAAGCAAGCACAGUUCAAGGGAGGAUUACGAUAGAGAGCGCUCGGACUCGGGGGAAGAUGCGAAGAUGAAGGAGAGGAAUGUCAGGGACGAGUCCGCAGCUAGGGUUUCUAGGGAUUCGUAUUCCGGCGAGAAGCGAAAGCUUGUUUCGCAGUCUCGGGAUGGUAAAGAUCCGUCUGGUCACGGUAAUGGCGACGAUGUGUCGGAGGAGCAUGGUUCUUCGAAGAGGCACAGAGAUAGGGCUGACGUGGCUGGUUCUGAUAGGUGGAACGGUGGUCGUGGCGACGAGCAUAGUGAUAAAGAGACGAAAGGGGAUUCUCGGCUUGAUUCAAAGUUGAAGGGUUCUGUUGUUGAUUUGAAGAGCAAGCCUGGUCGAAAGCAUGAUAGCGAGAAAAAGGAGGAGAAUUUAAAUGAAAAAGAGGGGAGUAAGAGUAGUAAAGCUGACUCCAAACGUAAGUUUGAAAAGGAUUUUCCGGCUCAUCAGCAUAAGGACUCGAAGGAUAAGGAGCGUGGUUCAGACAGGGAUAAGAAGCACAAUAUGGAGCGGGGAUUAGAUGGUGAAGUGAAGAGGAGACAAGGAUCUGAACUGCUGGAUUUUGGGGAAGCGCAAGGGGCAAAACGGCAAGAAAAUACUGAAUGGCCUUUGCAAAGUGAGUUGCGAAAUCUUGAGCUAGAGAAGGAGCUUGAGAAACGGAUUAAGAGGAGACUAGAUGGCUCUAACGAAAGGGAUAAAUAUCAAGAUGAUUCAAGGGAGGGUGAUGAAAGAAGAUUGUCAUCAAGAAGCGAGCAUACAAAGGAUGGAAAAUACAGGGAAGAAAGACACAAGGAUAGAAGUCAUAGAGAUAAGUGUAGAGAAGAUAUUGUCAGGGAUAAUAGGCACAGAGAUGGCAAACAAAGAGAAGCUGUUGACAGGGAGAAAAGACAUCGGGAUGACAAAUAUAGAGAUGAACGCAUCUCAAGAGAUCACCGCGGUGACAAGUCUGAUACUAAGCAUGUGAGGGAUGAGGCCAGUACUGCUGAAAUUCGUCAUAAGAAAUUAAGAAGUCAAAAUAGUAAUCAUGAUGGUAGUCCAGUGUAUGAUGAUAGGAGUACCAGAUGCAAAGAUGAUAGGGAAAAGAGAAGAUUUGAUGAUAAAGAGGAUCAGAGUGAUUUGAGAUACCAAAGUACCAAGGAGCAAUAUUACGAUGCAGAAAAGAAAUCUAGCAUUGGUAAAUUAGAGUCAGAAUCGGAUAGGGGAAGGUCUCACUCACGCCAUACAGAUCUGGAUUCUAGUCUUUGUCACAAUAGACGGAGAAGUUCCCCUAGCUCCAGUUCUCAUGUUGCAAAAGAUCAGUACAGGCACUCAAAGCAAGCAGAGUCAAGGUACAGGGACAUGGUGUCUGAAGAAAGAGUUCGACACAAUACAAUAUCUACUAGAGAGGUUGUUGGUGUAUCUGGAGUACCUGAGAAUGCUUCUGCAUCCCAUUCCAUGGAGAAAUUAGUUCGGAAGGAUGACUGUCAUUUGGGUGAGUUGUCAGCUGAAAGGUGUCCAAACUCUGAUACACGUGUUUCACCAAUGAAGCUGGUAGAGAAAUCCCCUUCAUCAGGUAUUGAUCGCAGGCAUCUGAACAGAGCUGGUCUUAGGCGGAGUAUUGAUCUUGAAGAUUCUGGACAGAGGAGUGGUGGCUCAAAGGAUGCAAGGGAUUAUUCUGGUAAUGAAGGCAGAGGACGGGAAUUGCUUUUGGAAGCACAUUCAGGAGAUGAGUUAUCCCAGGCAGAUGGAGACAAUUUAUCAGUUUCUUCACCUUUUGGUAGAAGUCACUUGCCUAGCAAGUCAAAGUCCCAUCUUCCUCCCCCUCCUCCUUUCAGAGCUGGGGUUGACAAUGUUUCAGUUUUUGGCUUUUCAGAGGAAGACAGCAGAGGUAAGUCAAAUAACCGUAACAAGAGGAUUGGGGAUUCCGGCUUGGGAAGAGCACCAGGAAAUGCUUGGAAAGGUGUCCAUAACUGGCCAAGCCCAGUGGCAAAUGGUUUCCUUCCUUUCCAACAUGGUCCACCGCCUGUAGGUUUCCAUCCAGUGAUGCAGCAGUUUUCUGGUCCAUCAAUGUUUGGUGUUAGACCUUCCAUUGAAUUGAAUCACUCUGGGAUUCCUUACCAUAUCCCUGAUGUUAAUAGAUUUUCCAGCCCUUCUCACCCAUUUGGUUGGCGGAAUCCAGUGGAUGACUCAUGCCGUCCUCCCUUGCAUGCAUGGGAUGCUAAUAAUGGAGUAGUUGGGGAUGAAUCUCACAUGUAUGGGAGGCUAGACUGGGACCAUAAUAGAACUAUUAUGAGCAGUCAGGGUUGGGAGACAAGUGUAGAUGCAUGGAAGCAAAAUGGUGUUGUAACUCCAGAGUUGCCUCAUGUGUCUCAGAAAGAGGACUACUCAAUGCCUGCUCCAACAGAUGAUGUUUGGCCUGUUCCAUCAGGUCAACUGGCUCAGCAUGAACAAAAUCAACCCAAUCUUCAGGCUGAAAGCAUUGAAAUUAUUCAGUCAACUGAAGUUGCAAAGGACACUUCUGAAACUUCUGAGGCUUUAUCUGAGAAGAUUCUCACGGUUUCUACGAUAUCAAGGAACGAUGAUACUCCUUUUUGGCAUGUUUAUCUCUCUAAGCUUGACAUUUCAGCAGAUCUUACUCAUCCUGAGUUGUAUAACCAGUGCACCUGCUUGAUGGAUGCAAAACACAAGAUAACCACUGAGGAUGCUUCCCAGGCUUCAACCGGGGAGGAGGAAAUUGAAAGAAACAGGAAGAUUACUAUUAACUCUUCAAGUGUUUCUCCAUUUGCUGCCCCAAAUGAUUCCAUAUUUCAGAGAGCUCUGUCCCUUUAUAAGAAGCAGAGAGAGGAAUCAAGGGCUAUCGUUUACCCCCAAUCAUUAGAUGGAGAGAAAGUUUCAUUUUCUAAUGUAGACAGCAUGGAAUGUGCUCCAACGUCCAGUCCGGAGAAAGCAAAGAUGCCAGUCCCUCUGCCAAAACAGGAGAAAGCAGAGGAGCUGAAUCCUAGUUCCAAUUUGGGAGCGGCAGAUGAUGCUGAUGCUGUUUCAGAUUCCUUCGAGGUGAAAGAGGAGGUGCCUGUGGCUUCACAUGAUCCAGAAGUUCCCCUCUUGGCUGUUGAGAAGGCAGAUGAACCAGGUUCGCCUAACAGCUCUGAAAGCAAGCCAAAUCCAUCAAAUGAGGUGAUGACUUCAGAGGUGGAUCCAGAGUUGCAUCUGAUAGCUUUGACGGAUGCUGUGGAGAACACACUUUCAACCAGAGGCGAUCCUUCUCCACCAGUGAUUACUGAGGAGCACAAGAAGUUAGUCGAUACUGUGUGUGGUGCCUUGCUUUUUCCAGAUGUGUCUUCUGAGGCAUGUGAGGCAGUGAUGCCGGAGUCAAUUGAGUCGGGUUUAGUUAAUUUAAGCCGGAUACAUCAAUCUCAAAGUACACAUUGAAACAAUUUCUAUUUUCAUGAGUUUCCUUUUGAUGCCUGUUUU